GGACGUCUGAGCAACACAGGAAGCGCGCGGAAGCUGCCUGCAAGCCUGCUGCUGCCUGCGACCCCACGGAUGCUACUGCAUUUAAACCAGUUCACCUCUCCUGUUCUCGCCGCUAUUCUUGCCAAGGAUUGCUUAAUGUUUCGUAACACGCCGUGCUGCACUGGCAGCGUGGAAGAAAAACAGACGGGAGGAUGCGGAUCUACUAACAGAAAAGACACUACUGUUGGGAUUUUAUACUAGAGCAUCGAAUUCAUACCUAUGUGACCAUAGAGACCGCCACUGAAUGUGUUUUGUCUUCAAGCGCAUCAGGACACGUACAAAACGGAGAAGAGGAUUUUCUACAGAAAUAAAAGAAAUCACAGUGUACGCUGAGCGGGUUGGCCGCCUGUUGCCGUGACAACCAUGAGCACCAUCUCCCCGACGGACUUCGACAGCCUGGAGAUUCAGCAGCAGUACAAUGACAUCAACAACCGCUGGGACCUGGCCACCGCCGAGGCGGACAGCUGGGACAACGAGAACAGCUCCGCACGCCUCUUCGAGCGCUCACGCAUCAAAGCCCUUGCCGAGAUGGAAUACGAUCAGCGUUCUGCCUCCCCGGCCUCCUCCGCCUCUCCGGGGCUCUCUCCCGCCGCGUUCGUUAACCAGGUGCAGUACUCCAACAUACUGGAGGGACGCUUCAAACAACUGCAAGACGAGCGCGAGGCGGUGCAGAAGAAGACCUUCACCAAGUGGGUGAACUCUCACCUGGGCCGCGUCAGCUGCCGCAUCGGCGACCUCUACACCGACCUCCGCGAUGGACGCAUGCUCAUACGCCUGCUGGAGGUCCUCUCCGGGGAGCAGCUGCCGAAGCCCACUAAGGGCCGCAUGCGUAUCCACUGCCUGGAGAACGUGGACAAGGCGCUGCAGUUCCUCAAGGAGCAGAAGGUGCACCUGGAGAACAUGGGCUCCCACGACAUCGUCGACGGCAACCACCGCCUCACGCUCGGACUCAUCUGGACCAUCAUCCUCCGCUUCCAGAUCCAGGACAUCAGCGUUGAGACGGAGGACAACAAGGAGAAGAAGUCGGCCAAGGACGCCCUGCUGCUGUGGUGUCAGAUGAAGACCGCAGGGUAUCCCAAUGUCAACGUACACAACUUCACCACCAGCUGGAGAGACGGCCUGGCGUUCAACGCCAUCGUGCACAAACACAGACCUGACGUGAUCGAGUUUGACAACUUGAAGCGCUCCAACGCGCACUACAACCUGCAGAACGCCUUCAACGUGGCCGAGAAGGAGCUGGGGCUGACCAAGCUACUGGACCCCGAGGAUGUGAAUGUGGACCAGCCAGAUGAGAAGUCCAUCAUCACCUACGUGGCCACGUACUACCACUACUUCUCCAAGAUGAAGGCCCUGGCUGUGGAGGGCAAGAGGAUCGGCAAGGUGCUGGACUAUGCUAUCGAGGCUGAUAAGCUGAUUGACAAGUACGAGUCGUUGGCGUCGGAGCUGCUUGAGUGGAUAGAGCAGACCAUCGUCACCCUGAACGACCGCCAGCUGGCCAACUCCCUCAACGGCGUGCAGAACCAGCUGCAAGCCUUUAAUACCUACCGCACCGUGGAGAAACCUCCCAAGUUUACAGAGAAGGGCAACUUGGAGGUGCUGCUGUUCACCAUCCAGAGCAAGAUGAGAGCCAACAACCAGAAGGUCUACAUGCCCCGCGAGGGCAAACUCAUCUCCGACAUCAACAAGGCGUGGGAGCGUCUGGAGAAGGCGGAGCAUGAGCGUGAGCUGGCGCUGAGGAACGAGCUGAUUCGCCAGGAGAAACUGGAGAUGCUGGCGGCACGCUUCGACCGCAAGGCGGCCAUGAGGGAGACCUGGCUCAGCGAGAACCAGAGACUCGUCUCACAGGACAACUUUGGCGUGGACUUGGGCGCGGUGGAGGCGGCGACGCGUAAGCACGAGGCAAUCGAGACAGACAUCGGGGCGUACGGCGAGCGUGUGGCGGCGGUGGAGGCGGUGGCCCGCGAGCUGGAGGCUGAGAGCUACCACGAGGUGCGCCGCAUCCUGGCCCGCCGCGACAACGUGCUGCGCCUCUGGGAGUACCUCAAGGAGCUGCUGGCCGCGCGGCGCGAACGCCUCAACGCACACCGAGACCUGCAGCGCCUCCUACAGGAGAUGAGAUACAUCAUGGACUGGACCGCAGACAUGAAGGGUCGUCUGCAGAGCCAGGACUGCGGUAAGCACCUGCACGACGUGGAGGAUCUGCUCCAGAAACACAACCUAGUGGAGGCCGACAUCUUCGCCCAGGCCGACAGGAUCAAGGCCGUGCAGGCCAGCGCACAGAGAUUCACCUCAGACGCACAGGUCUACAAGCCGUGCGACCCGGUGCUGGUCAGCGAGAAGGUCACGGCUCUGGGCCAGGCGUACGAGGAGUUGGGUCUCCUGGCCGGGCAUCGGCGUUCUCGUCUGGAGGAGUCGCGUCGCCUGUGGCAGUUCCUGUGGGAGCUGGGCGAGGAGGCGGCGUGGAUCCGCGAGCAGGAGCAGAUCCUGAGCGCCGGCGACUGCGGACGCGACCUGUCCUCCGCGCUGCACCUGCUCAGCAAGCACGAGGCCUUCCGCGACGAGAUGGCGGCCCGCUACGGCCCGCUGGGACACAGCAUCGCCGCCGGGGAACAGCUGGUGCGCGAGGGACACUCCGGAGCCUCCGAGGUCACCGAGAGGAUCGCCGACGUGCGCGCCCAGUGGAGCCACCUGGAGGAGACGUCUAAGCUGCGUGAGCAGCGUCUAAAGGAGUCUGUGGCUCUCCACCAGUUCCAGACGGAUGCCAGUGACAUGGAGGCCUGGCUGCAGGAGGCACACCGACAGGUGUCGAGUCAGGAGGUGGGGCACGAUGAGUUCUCCACUCAGACGCUGGCCAGGAAGCAGCGGGAGGUAGAGGAGGAGAUCCAGAGCCACCGCUCCCUCAUAGACUCACUACACGAGCAGGAGGCCGCACUCCCAGAGGCCUAUAGCACCUCACCACAGGUGGAGGGUCGCCUGCCGGCCAUAGAGCAGCGUUACGGGGAGCUGGUGUCGCUGUCCCUGGCGCGUCAGCAGGCCCUGGAGGGGGCCCUGGCCCUGUACCGCAUGUUCAGCGAGGCCGGAGCCUGCCAGCUCUGGGUGGAGGAGAAGGAGCAGUGGCUAUACGCCAUGGAGAUACCCACCAAGCUGGAGGACCUGGAGGUGGUACAGCAGAGGUUUGAGACGCUGGAGCCGGAGAUGAAUAAUAUGGGAACGCGCAUCACAGACGUCAACCAGGUGGCAGAACAACUGCUGAAGUCCGACAACUGCAGUCAAGACCAGAUCAACCACACACAAGACCAGCUCAACAACAGGUGGAAGGAGUUUCAGCUCCUGGCGGGCCAGAAGAAGCAGGCUCUGGAGUCGGCCCUGAACAUCCAGAACUACCACCUGGAGUGCAACGAGAUCCAGACCUGGAUGAAGGAGAAGACCAAGGUCAUCGAGUCCACGCAGGGCCUGGGCAACGACCUUGCAGGAGUCAUGGCUCUGCAGCGCAAGCUGACCGGCAUGGAGAGGGACCUGGAGGCCAUUCAGGGUAAGCUGGACGACCUGCGUAACGAGGCGGAGAAGCUGGCGUCGGAACACCCGGAGCAGGCCGCCGAGAUCACGGCGCGCCUGGCGGAGAUCCAGGAGGUGUGGGAGGAGCUUAACGCCACCAUGCGCAAGAGGGAGGAGUCUCUGGGGGAGGCGUCCAAGCUGCAGGGCUUCCUGCGUGACCUGGACGACUUCCAGUCUUGGCUGUCGCGCACGCAGACCGCCGUCGCCUCCGAGGACAUCCCCACCUCGCUCGCCGAGGCAGAGAGGCUCCUGACGCAGCACGAGGCCAUCAAGAACGAGGUUGACAACUACCGUGACGACUACGAGCGCAUGCGUGCGACGGGCGCGGAGGUGACGCAGGGUCAGACGGACGCGCAGCACAUGUUCCUGGCGCAGCGGCUGCAGGCGCUGGACACCGGCUGGCACGAGCUGUGGAGGAUGUGGGAGAACCGCCACGCGCUGCUCGCCCAGGCCUUCGACUACCAAAACCUGCUGAGGGACGCCAAGCAGGCAGAGGGAUUCCUGAACAGCCAGGAGUAUGUGCUGUCCCACACGGAGAUGCCCUCCACCCUGCAGGGGGCGCUAGAGGCCAUCAAGAAGCACGAGGACUUCAUGACCACCAUGGAGGCCAACGAGGAGAGGAUCAACGGCGUGGUGGACGCCGGAAACCGCCUGGUCUCCGACGGCAACGCCAACGCCGACAAGAUCCAGGAGAAGGCCGACUCCAUCCAGGACAGGCACAUGAAGAACAAGGAGCUGGCCAGUGACCUGCUGACCAAGCUGAGGGACAACCGAGAGCUGCAGCACUUCCUCCAGGACGGACAGGAGCUGACCUUGUGGAUCAAUGAGAAGAUGCUGACUGCUCAGGACAUGUCGUAUGACGAGGCCCGUAACCUGCACAGCAAGUGGCAGAAGCACCAGGCCUUCAUGGCCGAGCUGGCCUCCAACAAGGACUGGCUGGACAAGAUCGACAAGGAGGGCCAGGCGCUGGUGAGUGAGAAGCCGGAGCUGGAGCCGGUGGUGAAGCAGACGCUGGAGGCUCUCCAGAAACAGUGGGAGGAGCUUGAGAACACGACGCAGACCAAGGCCCAAUGCCUGUUCGACGCCAACCGCGCCGAGCUCUUCACGCAGAGCUGCUCCGCCCUGGACACCUGGCUGCAGAACCUCUCCUCUCAGCUGCACAGCGACGACUUCGGGAAGGACCUCACCUCCGUCAAUAUCCUGCUCAAGAAGCACCAGAUGCUGGAGCACCAGAUGGAGGUGCGUGAGAAGGAGGUGCAGGCUCUACAGUCUCAGGCGCUGGCGCUAGCCCAGGAGGAUUCUGGGAUGGUGGAGGUGGACGGCCAGCAGCGGCGCGUGACCGACAGCUUCUCCCAGAUGCUGGAGCCCCUCCAGGCCAGGAGGCAGCAGCUGCUGCAGUCCAAGGAGGCCCACCAGUUCAACAGGGACCUGGAGGACGAGAUUCUCUGGGUGGACGAGAGGAUGCCACUGGCUAACUCCACAGACCACGGCAAAGACCUGCCCAGCGUACAGCUGCUCAUCAAGAAGAACCAGACCCUGCAGAAGGAGAUCCAGGGCCACCAGCCACGCAUCGAUGACAUCCUGGCCCAUGGACGCAGCAUAGCGCCCUCCUCCUCGGCCACCGACGGCGGCAGCGAUGGGACGGACGGCCACGACACCGACACAACCGCCGCGGCCCUCGAGGGGCGUCUGGGCGAGCUGGGCGACCAGUGGGCGCGGCUCAUCGAGGAGACGGACCAGCGGCACGCGCGGCUGCAGGAGGCCAACCGGGCGCAGCAGUUCUACGCAGACGCGGCCGAGGCGGAGGCAUGGAUGGGGGAGCAGGAACUUCACAUGAUGUCAGAGGAGAAGGCCAAGGAUGAGCAGAGUGCGAUGGUGAUGGUGAAGAAGCACCAGAUCCUGGAGCAGGCGCUAGAGGAUUACGCCCAGACUAUACACCAGCUGGCCAAUAGCAGCCGACACAUGGUCACCGGAGAACACCCUGAGAGCGAGCGCAUCAACCUGCGCCAGGCUCAGGUGGACAAGCUGUAUGCGGGCCUGAAGGACCUGGCGGAGGAGCGACGCGGCCGGCUGCAGGAGCGACUCCGGCUCACGCAGCUCAAGCGUGAGGUUGACGACCUGGAGCAGUGGAUCGCAGAGAGGGAGGUGGUGGCCGGAUCCCACGAACUCGGACAGGACAUCGAACACGUUACGAUGCUGCGCGACAAGUUCCGGGAGUUUGCGCGGGACACCAGCACCAUCGGGCAGGAGCGCGUGGACGCGGUGAACGGGCAGGCGGACGAGCUGAUCGAGUCGGGUCACCCGGAGAACGCCAGCGUGGCCGAGUGGAAGGACGGCCUGAACGAGGCCUGGGCCGACCUGCUGGAGCUCAUGGACACGCGCACGCAGAUGCUAGCAGCUAGCUACGAACUGCACCGCUUCCACCAGGACGCGCGCGAGGCGCUGGGCCGGGUGAAGGAGAAGAGGGAGGCGCUCAGCUCGGACCUGGGACGCGACCUCAACACCGUGCAGCACCUCCAUCGACAACACAACGCCUACGAGCACGACAUCCAGGCACUCAGCGGACAGGUGACGCAGGUGCAGGACGACGCGGCGCGGCUGCAGAAGGCGUAUGCGGGAGAGAAGGCCGAGGACAUCCACCGGCACGAGCGGGCGGUGACAGAGGCGUGGGAGGGGCUCCUGGCGGCCGGGCAGGCGCGACGGCUCCUCCUGCUGGACACCGUGGAGAAGUUCCGCUUCUUCAACAUGGUGCGCGACCUCAUGCUCUGGAUGGACGGAAUCAACCUGCAGAUCCAGUCACAUGACAGCCCCAGGGAUGUGUCGUCUGCUGGGCUAGUUAUCGCCAACCACCAGGACAUCAAGUCUGAGAUCGAGACGCGAGCGGACAGCUUCACCGCCUGCAACGAGAUGGGCAACUCACUCAUCAACAACAACCACUAUGCAGCCGACGAGAUCCGUGAGAAGUUGGACCAGCUCCAGGCCAAGAGAGACGAGAUCAACAAGAAGUGGCAGGACAAGAUGGACCACCUACAGAUCGUGCUGGAGGUUCUCCAGUUUGGUCGUGAUGCGUGCGUUGCUGAGUCGUGGUUGGCCGGCCAGGAGCCGCUGGUGCGUGCGGCGGAGCUGGGGGCCAACGUGGACGAGGUGGAGAGCCUGAUCAAGAGGCACGAGGAGUUCGAGAAGCUCGCCGCCGGCUGGGAAGAUCGAUUCACACUGCUCGAGAAACUCACCACGCUUGAGGAGUAUGAGAUCCAGAAGAGGCGAGAGGAGGAGGAGCGAGCGAGACGACCCCCCACCCCCCCGCCUGUCGAGGUGGUGCCCUCCGACGUGGAGACCGUAGCCCACGACUCGGCCGCCAGGACGAGUCUGGACCAGACGACCCUGAACCAGUCGGUGUCUGUGAACGGCGUCCACAGUGAUCAGGAUACCUCACAGGGCUCGGAGUCCGAGUCCGUAAACGGUCCUGGGCGCGACAGCGGGCUGCCGUCCUCCUCGCGUCAUGACCCGUCGGCCACGCUGCCCGGGAAAGGCGCCGCCGAGUCAGGAGGAGAAACCAUGGAGGGCAUGCUCAUCCGAAAACACGAGAUGGAGACACACAGCAAGAAGGCCGCCAGCAGGUCAUGGCAGGGUGUGUACUGCGUGUUGAGGAAGGGCAGUCUGGGUUUCUACAAGGACAACAAGAGCGCGUCGAGCGGCAUCCCGUACCACGGGGAGGUGCCCAUCAGCCUGGGGGAGGCCACCUGCGAGGUCGCCCACGACUACAAGAAGAGGAAACACGUCUUCAAACUACGACUUGGAGAUGGCAAGGAGUUCCUGUUCCAAGCUAAGGAUGAGCCUGAGAUGAGUUCGUGGAUCCGGGCCAUCCACUCGUCGAUGCAGCCGUCUGGGUCGGGUGGUGCGGGCGACAGCUCCCCGGGUCGCGGCCUGAGCCGGGCCAUGACCAUGCCCCCCAUCUCCCCAUCCUCCGGGGAGACCGGCACCGGCGGCGUCACCAUGCGCAACAAGGACGGCAAGGAGAAGGGCGGCGAGAAACGCUUCAGCUUCUUCAGCAAGAAGAAAUAAGAACCAGAAUCUGAACCGGACAAAAAACAAACAGACAGACAAAACAAAAUGUCUCUCAAAUGAUGACAAUUUCAGAAACAGCUUAAAACUUCCUAAAUUAACUACUUCUUAAAUUAAAGAAACAACAACUACAGAUGAACAUGCAACACCACUGAAAUGAACUGAUCGCAGCCCGAGGGGAAACGUUGAAAAAAGGCGCUCUCAACCUGUCAAAUGCAUCAUCCAUCUAUACUUUCUCUCUCUCUUUCUAUUUCUUUCUUUCUUUCUCCCUCUCUCUUUCUUUCUCUUUCUCUCUCUCUCUUUCUUUCUUUGAAUGGGCUCUGAUCCAAGUGAUUGUCACUGAAUGUGUUGCUUGAAAGUGAUGUCUCCUUUAUUAAUAUUUCUGUGGUGUUCUAUAUUAUAUUUUAUUGUCUCUCCACAUUUUACUUGGCUCUUGAUGAGAUGAGUGGAGGCUUAUUAUUAAAUUCACCUCUUGACUGAAAUGGGUUUAUUUUUACCAGAAGAGGCCUCGCAAACGCAUCUUAGAUCCAGCUUAAAUAAUCUUGAAAACGCUGAAGUUGAGCAGUAUUGCUUCUAACGAUGAAUUUUUGAACGCUGAAAGUUUUUGGUUGAGUGAUGGAGAUGGAGUUUUGAUGUCUCUCAUGGAAGCGCCCACCUUUAGUUCUAAAUGAAUGCGGAGGGUUCUGGCCCGAGAAUGGCCGACUGCUGAACGUCAGUCCCGCUGUCCUGAAGCGCGGCUCACCUGAAAGGAAGUUGCUUUCCUUCAUCUGUUUUAAAUAUGUGCUGUUGCGCUCACCGCUUUUCUUUCUAUGACCUUUCCCUCUUUUUCAGUUUGGUAUUUCCUGUUUUUUUUUCUCUCUUUGUGAAGGAUCACACACAUUUUUGUUGAUUUUUUUGGUGUCAUUUUUUUCAUUACCAUUAAUUAUUACUGCUGUUAUUAUCAUUAUUAUUUAUCUUUUUUUGCUGUUGCAGAUUUUGAAAAAAAAUAUUUAAUGAAAUUGUAAGUAUAGGUAGUACUUUUGUUUGGAAAAGAAUGGAAAAAAAACACACCAGUGAUUGGUUAAAAGAGUGGGACCAUGUUGGUCACUGGUCUCUUGUUUCGAUUAGUGUGCAGAUUUAUCCGUUUGCGAAAAAUUACCUACAUUGGAAGGUGUCUUCUUUUUAAAGAAAAAUAAUAAUUAAAAAGGUGCAGUUCAGUUUUGCAGUGUGCAUAAAAUAACAGAAUACAAGAGGUCCUUAAUUUUUUUAAGUGAGUUUAUUCUUCCUUUCUCUCCAUUUGAAUAGCUCUUAACUCUUCUGGGUUUUUUGUGUCUACAGGUAUAAUUGAUUUCCUGCUCUAGUUUUUAUUUUAUUUUUUUUCUUCCUCUUUCAUUCCUCUUCAGUUGUUUCCUGAAAACUUUCCAAGUAUUUGGUUUGUUGUGAGGGUGAGAUGUGUUUAAGCCCUGCUGCCAUGGAUUGCACUCGGUUCACAUUUUUUGUUUUGCUUCAGUCAGCUGUCAACAGAGGGUCUGCCACCCCCACCAAUGCUCAUAACUACACACACACACACACACACACACACACACACACACACACACACACACACACACACACACACACACAAGGGUGGUCAACGCCGCCAAGGUUUUGUGCAUGGAACACAGUCCUUCUGGCAGAUUUUACACCAUUCUUUGUUGUUUUUUUUGUUUUUUUUUCCUCUCUUCCUUUUGUUUGGCUUGAAUAUGUAGUUGAUGAUGAUAAUAGGUUUCUUAAUUAAAUGGUCCUCUUAGUUGA